AUGUCUCACUGCCUAGGUAGAAAAAAUUAUACCUACUCAAUAGCCUCCAGAGGCGAGUCCUCACCUUCCGAGUCAUUUGGCAUCUCGUACACACCAUACAGGUCCGACCAAAACUGCAAGUCUCAGCAAGAUGUCGACGAUGAUAUCCAGAGACUGGCAGGUUACUAUUCCUUUGUCCGAGUCUACGGCACAGACUGUGACCAAGUUCCUCUGCUGUACUCUGCAGCCAAGAAGCAUGACAUGAAGCUCUUCUUGGGUAUAUGGAACCCGUCCUCUGUUGAAGAUGAAGCCAACAAGAUAAUUUCUGGGGUCGACGGUGACUGGGACAUGGUGCACACAGUCAGUGUUGGAAACGAGCGAGUCAACAACGGCGAGGCAUCUCCGCAGGAUCUGAUUUGGUCGAUGAGCAAGGCGCGGUCGAUUCUCCGAGAAGCGGGCUACGAUGGCCCCGUGGUCAUAGUAGAUACCUUCACGGCGGUUCUAGCCCAUCCCGAGCUGUGUGACGAGUCGGACUACUGUGCUAUCAAUGCACAUGCCUUUUUUGACGGCACGAUUGCUGCGUCGCAAUCUGGGGAAUGGUUGAAAGACACCGUAUCCAAGAUUCAAUCUAGGAUUGCCGCAGACAAGAAGGUCGUGGUUGCCGAAACUGGUUGGCCAAUGCAGGGUGGCACGAAUGGACUCGCAGUUCCCGGUUUGGAUAAUCAGAAAGUGGCCUUAGAUGCCAUCAGGGAAGAAUUUGUUGAUCGUCCACAAGACGUCAUUCUAUUCUCUGCUUUCAAUGACUUGUGGAAACAGAAGAAUUCGGCAACUUUUGAGGCGGAUCCGUUUUGGGGUAUCGGCGGCGCGGUUUCCUCAUGCGAUGAGUAG